UUGCACUUCAAACACAAACACUCCGCUGGUGCGGACAACGUAGCUUCUAUUGAUGUCCGUGUAGUGUUGCGUCUUGUGUGUCGUGCCGUGUGUCGUGUGUCGUGUGUCGUGUGUGGUUGUUGGACGCGGACUGAUCGCUAUUCGCCAGCGAGCGACGCACGUGGCGUUUCUGUACUAAUUUUAACCCCCGCCGCGCUCCCCUCGGCUACCAGAUGCGCUCCCUCUCAGGCCACAUGCGUCGUUCUACUCGCGGCCCGCUACCCUCGUAAUGAUAUGCCUCGUUAUCAGCGGACUGCCUUUGCCUGUUUAACUUUCACACUCGAUACCGAUUUCAUUGUUGAUCUUCAGACGUUAACAUCAAAACUCAGGUAUUUUUAA